GGCUGCGACCGAUCUUCUCAGUCGGACAAAGAUCACUCAGGAUUUUUCAGAAUUCGAUUCGAAGCUUUCGAUCGCGGGGUGCCGAGUGGAUGUUAACGCAUUCGCAGCUCGAAGUUGCAUUCGAUUUCUCAUGUUCCCAAUGCCAUUGUCCUAAUCUCUGAAGUGAGCUUCGUACUGAGGAAAAUUUUCAAACUGUAGCAUUAUCGUUUGCGGGGAUUUGCUUUUAGAGUGAUUUGUCGGGUUGAUUCGGUUGUCGUAAGCGGAGAUCGGAAUUUGAUGAACAGCUUUCCGCCUUCGUGCUCGUGACUUCCCAUCGCCGAGUGCCAGGUUUGGUCGUGCUGGAAACUAGCAGGGUUGUUGGACUUUACAUGGUAUCUAUGGUACGUGAGUGAGAAACGCAACUUUCUGGAGGGAUGGCGUUAGGGUUCAGUGAUGCAGGCUGGUUCCACGACUGUAUGAUUCUAUGGCUUCAGAAGGAGCCUGUGAAAUUGAGUUUGGCUGCGCUGGCCAUAGCUUUUAUCAAAAUUUCCAUUACCAGCUUGACUCCGGUUCUAGCAGCAGCGCAAUCAUAUGAGGAUAACCAUGUGAAUUUCACCCAGUACGGCGCAUUUUCGAAGCUCUGUGGAAGUUCAGCGACUUGUGCUGUUGCCGGAGUUUUGCUACUGGUCCAAGGGAAGAAAUAUUUCACUAUGAGAGCUUCUCUGCAUGCUUACGCAGUGAUCGCAACUGCUGCAGCUAUUGCCGUUACUGCUGAGAACCAGCUGAGCCUUGUUGGAGAGGAGUGGAGCUUGACUUGGCAAUGCUUGAUUGUUGUCAUUGUAAUGGGUUUGCAAAUGGCAAUGAUGGAUAUAGAAUUCUCCCGAAGGGAUUGGUUGGUUUCCGGGUUAUUUAUUUGUGGCUGCUUCGUAUCAGCAUUACCAUGGUUGCCCUCAAAGACUAUCAAUGCCAUAGCUCCUUGGUAUCUGGCCUUCGGAGGAAUCUUUGCGGCUGUUGUUUAUCUUGGGAUGGAGGGAUUAAAUCAAACUUACCAGGAUAAAUUAUUUCGUAAACUUGACACAGCAAUCACUGAGCAGGUCUUCUUUAUCUCACUUUUUGCUACAGUCAUUCGGAUCAUCGGGUUUUUGUGGGAGUUUCGGUGUCUUGAAGCCAUUAGCUUUCACGCUAAACAUCCUUUCUCCUUUGCAAGUGUUCUUCUGCUCUCAUUCAUGGGAGUUGUCAUGACCUUCUUAAUGUCAUACAUGCUGCGUCUUUGUGGAGCUCUUAUUUGUGUGAUGAUUCAUCAGAUAAUGGUGAAUAUCUUGGCAGGGAAAUCGCAAGAAUUAAACUUUGUGAAUAAUGUUUUUAAGUGGAUUGGAAUUAUAUUCAUGCUUGGAAUGCUGGGAACGACAAUGUCGAUGAUGCAGCACAAUCACCAGAAGUGUGACAAGAUCCAACUUACGGAUGAGGAAAUGGAUGAGUUUGAAGUUGAGGAUGAGAGCCUUCUACAAGACGUGUAGCCUGUGAACAAAUCGAACCAACAAGCGGGAAUCCCCUGAUAAUCUAUAUCAUCCUUUAAAUAAAAAAUAGAUAGGCAGGAGGAUAGCAUCAUGUGGCCUACUUUUGGUGAUUGAUUCUCAAAAUAAAUCUAACUAAGAAUUUGUAUGAGUGAAUCACUUCAAACCUUCAAAAUAGGAGCUGUGGGCUCAUUGAAUUUUACAUCAUGUAGGAACUAAGUUACACAACCAAGAACCAAACCGAGUUGUUUGGCACUGUAUUCUCGCGCUUGUUCAAUGGUGGAUAAGCAAAACUCGGAGGUCAUUUCCUUCAAUUUCGUGAAACCGUAGGAAGAUUUUGAAUCCUAUUUGCAGUAUGAA